AUGCUGGAGCCUGAUCAGGCGGCGGAGCUGCAGGCAAAGCACAGCGUGACCCUGCAUGAGCUCAUGCAGCUCCUGGUCGCGCCUGCCGCCCUGCUGGCGCGGCCGCCCACCUCGGCCUUCCCUGUAGGGGCGAUUGGGCUGGGAGUGUCGGGGCGGAUCUAUGUUGGAGUGAAUCUGGAGUUUCCAAACCUGCCACUGCAGCACUCGGUGCAUGCAGAGCAAUUUCUGGUCGCCAAUGCAGCCGCUUGUGGCGAGCGCGGACUGACGAGAAUCACCGUCAACGCCGCUCCUUGCGGCCACUGCCGCCAGUUCCUCGCCGAGACAGUCACCGCGGAGAGCAUGGAUAUUGUGUACAAGGGCAAUUGCUACCGCUUGGACGACAUCUUGGUCGACAAGUUCUGUCCCAGCGACCUCAUAGAGCCCGGCACAGCCCCUCUGCUGCUGGAACAGCAGCACAACGCCGAAGCGGCGGAAGCUGCUGUGAAGGCAGCAAUGGAGAGCUACGCCCCCUACACGCGCUGCCCGGCCGGCUUAGCGCUGGUGACUAACUCUGGGCGCAUCUACGGCGGGGGUGUCAUCGAGAGCUGCGCCUACAACCCCACACUCAACCCCCUGCAAUCCGCCUACAUCGCCUUUGCAGCGGCUGGCGAGGCCAGCUUUUUCCAGGUGUGUGCUGCUGUGCUGGUGGAGCUACCAGAAGCUGCCGUCUCCCACGAGGUGUCGACGCGAAUAGCGCUGCAGUGCAUUGCACCAGGCGCAGAAAUGGUCACACUGCCGCUCAAAUUGCUGCCACAGCAGCCCUGA